AUUAUCAAUAUUAUUAGUUUUUCUGUGUCUGAGAGACUGCUAAAUUCCUGCAACGCCUCUGAUCAGACAGAGGCGGAGAAACUCGCCGCCCUCAAAAAUCUUCCCAAUCAAAACUAGGCGGCAACAAACAACACAACAGCGCCUUUUCCCUUUCCCUUUCUCUCACUACUUUCUCUCUCUACAACCUCCAAUGUCCCCUCCCUUCUCCAUUGCCUCCUUCCUCGUCCUCUCUCGCCGGUUAUAGUUGGAAAAAAAGGAAGGGUUUUUACUUUGGCGGCAAUGGAGGGGGAACCGAGCCAACUGAAGCGUGCCGCGAUUGAUGCCUCUGCUGGAGCUAUUUCCGGUGGCAUUUCCAGGACAAUCACGUCACCUCUCGAUGUUAUUAAGAUUAGGUUCCAGGUUCAACUAGAGCCCACAUCUUCAUGGACUUUACUAUGCAAGGAUUUGUCUACACCUUCAAAAUAUACUGGCAUGCUUCAAGCAACCAAAGAUAUUUUUAGAGAAGAAGGCAUACGGGGUUUUUGGCGGGGCAAUGUGCCAGCUUUGCUCAUGGUUAUGCCAUAUACAGCUAUACAAUUUACUGUUCUACACAAGUUGAAGACUUUUGCCUCUGGUUCUUCCAAUACAGAGAAUUACAUUAAUUUGAGCCCUUAUCUAUCCUACAUGAGUGGAGCAUUAGCUGGGUGUGCUGCUACAGUAGGGUCAUAUCCCUUUGAUCUUCUCCGAACCAUAUUAGCUUCCCAGGGUGAACCGAAGGUUUAUCCAAACAUGAGGACAGCAUUAGUUGAUAUUCUGCAGACUCGUGGCUUCCGAGGCUUGUAUGCUGGACUGUCACCAACCCUAGUUGAGAUUAUACCAUAUGCAGGUCUACAAUUUGGCACCUAUGAUACAUUUAAACGUUGGACCAUGGCGUGGAAUCAUCGUCAAUAUUCAAAUCCUACUGCAGAAAGCCUCUCUAGCUUUCAGCUUUUCCUGUGUGGGUUGGCUGCUGGAACAUGUGCCAAGCUCGUCUGUCAUCCACUUGAUGUGGUCAAAAAAAGAUUUCAGAUUGAAGGUCUUCAAAGACAUCCAAGAUAUGGAGCUCGGGUUGAACAUCGUGCCUACAAAAAUAUGUUAGAUGCCGUGAAAAGAAUAUUACAGAUGGAGGGUUGGGCUGGUCUAUAUAAGGGGAUAGUCCCAUCAACUGUUAAAGCUGCACCAGCUGGUGCUGUAACAUUUGUUGCGUAUGAAUUGACAGUAGAUUGGCUGGAAUCUUUUUUAACUUGAUUUUUUUACCAAGGGGAAGAAGGGGAUUUUUUUUUUUUUUAAUCUCAUUCUUUUUUA